UUGUCUAUCGACUCAUGCAAUUCGACCGGUACUCAACGCAUUCGACAAGACCAAUGCAGGUUACGUGGCCAUAGACAUGGACCUUAUCAAUUCUUGUCCGUUGACGAUCAGCGACAAAUCUGGACAGUUCCCGAGACUCUUCUGUACAGGUUGACUGCCUGUGGUGCUGAGGGCGGUUCGUUUCCCUUUCAAGCAGUCGAGAACGGUGGCGGUUGUGUGACAGUCGACAUAAAGCUGGUGAUUGGUACCAAACUGCAGGUGUCUGUUGGACAGAAAGGAGAAUCACCUUGCGACAGGCAUGUCAAGAGCUCCAUGCAAAAGCAGGUCCUGGAGAGUUUGUGCCAUGGUCAGGACGCAGAUCAACGGCUGAACACAUCUCUGGUGUACGGAGCUGGAGGUGGUGGUGCCACUACAGUGUCUGUUAACUCUGUCUAUAUCAUCGUCGCUGGUGGUGGAGGUGGAGCCUAUCCAACAGAUUACAUAGAAGGCAUGCCCAACAAUCCCGCUGGCGGCUUACCAGAAGAAACACCAUCCAAGGGCAAGUCCCAUCUUCACGAAAAAGCUGGAAUUUCCGUUUCCUUACCAACAUCUGCACCGUGGUUUUGUGACGGAUAUGCGAAUUUUGGUGGAGUAGCCGUUCCGUGCGAACCGGUUGCCGGAGGAGGAGGAGGGUAUUAUGGUGGCCGAGCCAUGUCCCGAAAUCACGGUUCAGGUGGGACCAACUGGCUUGGCAUAAACGUGUCCUCAUUCCAAACAAAGGCAGGAACUCAUAAAGGGAAUGGACUUCUGACCAUAUAUGCGUGCCGCCUUGAAUGCCCGUCGAGGUCGACAUGCUUCUUCACGGAUCUCGACUCGGCUAGUCGUAUGGAAUGCCUAUGUGAAUAUGGUGAAACUGUUUCUUCUUCUGGGAGCUGUAGUCAAUCUCGUAGUUAG